UUUAAUCAAACCCAUGAGUUGAUUUGUUGUUUCAAAUUUAAUUUCAUCUUAUUGUUUUCUAAUUAAUUUACCUUUUGUUAUUUUAAUUGUUUACUUUAAUCAACUAUCAUUGUAAACUAUGGCUGACGGCGGUGACUCUCAACAACCGACAAACGAAUUGAACAAUGAAGCUUCUGAUAAUCCUGAAGAACCAAGGGAUGACAAUGAUGAAACCGUUGACGCAGCGACACUCAGCUUAAUGAGGAAAUUGACAAGAUCCAGAAUUUUAGAGUCUAAAAGUAAUGAAGUUGAAAUAGUUCGAGCUAAUCCAAAUUCUCCUUUACAUUCUGUGAAAACAUUUGAAGAACUCAAUUUACCAGAACAACUUCUCCGGGGAAUAUAUGAGAUGGGAUUUUCUAAACCGAGUAAAAUUCAGGAAACAGUUUUACCCAUUUUACUUUCAGAUCCUCCGACUAAUAUAAUCGCUCAAUCACAAUCGGGUACUGGUAAAACAGCAGCCUUCCUUUUAUCAUCUUUAGCUCGUGUUGAUGAAAAUUUGGGUUAUCCUCAAGUAUUAAUUUUAUCACCAACCUAUGAGUUAGCUUUACAAACGGGUCAAGUUGCUGAAUUUAUGGCUAAACAUAAAAAGUCAAUCAAAUUUAAAUAUGUUGUUCGUGGAGUUGAAUUAAACAGAGAUAAUCCUAUCACUGAACAAGUGCUUUUGGGAACACCCGGUAAAGUGAUGGAUGCUGGUCUUCGCUACCGGUCAUUUGAUAUUCGUAAAAUAAGAGUAUUGGUUCUUGAUGAAGCCGAUGUAAUGAUAGACACCCAAGGGCAUAGAAAUCAAUCUAUCAGAAUUAAAAAUGGUCUCUCACCAAAUUGUCAGAUAAUGUUCUUCUCUGCAACCUAUGAUGCUGCCGUAAUGGAAUUUGCUGAACAGAUAGUUCAAAAUCCCGUUAUUAUUAGAUUGAAAAAAGAGGAAGAAAGUCUUGAAAAUAUUGAACAAUUUUACGUCCUUUGUAAUACGGAUGUUGACAAGUACAAAGCUUUGGCGAAUCUUUUUGGUACUCUUUGUAUUGGUUCCGUUUUUAUCUUCUGUCAGACCAAAAAAUCUGCCGGUUGGUUGGCUGAGAAAUUGAGACGAGAUGGACAUUCGGUUGGAUUGAUUACCGGUGAUUUAACGGUCGAGGAAAGAACUGAAGUAAUCAAUAGAUUCCGAGAUGGUGUUGAAAGAGUUUUAAUCUCAACCAAUCUGAUGGCCCGUGGAAUUGAUGUUGAUCAGGUUACCGUUGUGAUUAACUACGAUUUACCUAUUGAUGUUUCUACACGAGAUAUUGAUUUCGAAACAUAUUUACAUCGAAUUGGAAGAACAGGAAGAUUUGGAAAAUCUGGACUCGCGAUUAACAUGGUUGAUUCACAACGAACAUUAGAUAUGGUUAAGAAAUUGGAACAACAUUAUGGAAGAGAAAUAUCCAUGCUCGAUGCCAAUGAUCUCGAUAAAUUGGAACAAUUGAAUAAGGAUUUUUAAUUCUAUUACAAUUAACUCAACAUUUUCCACCAUCAGUUAAUUGCAUGCCAAAAGCUCUUACCUUAAUCAUCUAUUUUUCAAGAAACCGAUAAUUGAUUAACAAUUUGUGAUUCUUUGUGA